AUGGCGCAGGCAACGCCACCUGUCGACGAUGUCGGAAGACUGAUCAAUUUGAUUCCUGUCGGUUUGAAGGAAGCGGCGAUCGAUUCGCCCACCGCCCGCGCCACCGUUGUCCACUACGGAGAGCAAGUCGACCUCCUGGAGAAAUGGCUCGACGACUAUGCCAAAGCCUCCAACAGACUCGUUUCCGAAUCCUUGACCCUAGAAAAUGUCCUCAACAACUUCAUCGCCCACGCCGUCCUCCCCACCAACAUCUCCGAGUCGAUGUUGGAUCAUGACUACAGCGUUUUGGCUAUGAAGAAGUUCGCAGAUGGUGCCAAAGACUAUUGGAUGAGCAUGAUCGCAGUUGUCAAGAGAUUAUCUAUCAUGGUCAUUGAUCCCAUAAGGCAAUUCCUCCAGAACGACUUGCGACCGUUCAAAGAUGCUCGCCGAGCUGUUGAAGCUACCCAGAAAACCUUUGAACAUCUCCAAGGCAAAUAUGCUGGACUGGGUAAAUCGAAAGAACCUUCGUCGCUGAGGGAGGAGGCUUUCCAGCUGCACGAGGCCCGCAAACUCUACAUCAAAGCCAUAAUGGACUUCUCCAGCAUGGCUCCGCAGUUUCGCUUUGCACUGGAUAAGCUCCUGGUCAAGAUCUUCUUUGACCAAUGGCGUGAGAUGCGUCUCUCGCGCGACAACACAACCGCGACUUUUCAACGGAGCGCCGACGAGAUGCAGAGAAUCAAGGGAUGGCUGUCGGAAUUGGAGGCUAAUGAAAAAGCCUUUCGCAAGGAGCUCCUGGCUGCGAAGAAACAGCUGGAGGAUGCGGCCGAACUCGAAACCCGUCCCUCACGAGAAUUGGAGGACUACACCUUGUCGACCGUCCCUCAAUUUUCUGGUCAUGGCCAUAGCGCCAGCACCUCGACCCUUCAAAGCUCGCCCAAAAAGCCCCCCUCCAAAACUGGCGAGAAGCAAGGCUGGCUGUUCCUCCGAACCUAUAGUGGGAAACCCACUCGGACUGUCUGGGUAAAGAGGUGGGCAUUCGUCCGCAAUGGAGUGUUUGGCUGGUUGCUGCAAGGCACGAGAGCAGGAGGCGUCGAAGAGAGUGAGAGAAUCGGUGUUCUACUCUGUAAUGUCCGCCCCGCGCCUGCAGAAGAACGUCGCUUCUGUUUUGAGCUCAAGACGAACAAAAACACGAUCCUCCUCCAAGCAGAAACCCAGUCAGAGUUGGUGGAGUGGAUUGACGCUUUUCACGUUGCCAAGUCCAUGGCAGUCAACGAUGCAGAGGGUUUUCGCAGCUUGACUUCGGGCAGCGGGAACAUUCAAGCUGGUGCCGCCUUUGCAAUAAGUGCGCCACCCAUUCCCGAGUUUGGCACUUUUAUCCUUGGGUCGACAGAACCGGGUACCGUUGGAGACGAUAUCUCUGCCCUGGAAAAGACCAACACCCUGCCAAUUCCGGGGACCGAACAUGGGCGCGACAGUAGUGUCGACUUGCCUAGAAGGUCAACAGCUAUGGAUGAUGGCGGUCAUCGUGACACUGCCUCUCGCAUAAUUUCAAAGCUUGAUCUCCACCGGAAGAGUCCAGCUCCGACCCAGGUGUCUGCCAGCCCAUCGACGCCAAAUCUCCCUGGUGGCAUUGCGAGCUUGAUUGCCGCUACUCAUGGUUCCAUGCCUGUUGGUCCGAGUAUUCCCAUGCUCCAAAGUGCCGAGGGCGAGUUCUCCAAACCACGAAGUGCUUUUACUUUGGCUCUUCGAGAUAUGCCUGCCAGCAGUCUUGCUCCUUCGACUUUGGCUUCGGUACCGUCCCCUACCAAUUUGAGCAAGUCAGCCGUUAUCAUUACAGGGGAGCGUGGCUUGAGCCCUGCCCCGGACAAGACUGGGCUUCCAACAGGUCUUUUGGCCAACACCUGGGGGACUUCCUGCACAGCUUUUCUGAAUCGACUUGAACGGACUGACCCGAACGAUAAGACAGAAGUCAAACUCCUGGCGCAACGAAGCCCGACGCUUCAGGCAUCGUUUUCACCUCCGAAAAUAUCAUCUACACCUACCCGUUCGGCCGUUGCCUUGCAAAAUAACAUUCCGCAGCUUGAUCUGAGUGUGCCUCAAACGGCCACCCGAAGCCGGACGCCGUCGCCAAGUAAGAAACAGCACAGGAGCACUAUAAGCGUGGAUCGCGACACCUCGAAACAGAUUAAUCACGAGCGUCUUGUGCCAGACUUCCCUAACUACUAUCCUCUGCAGCUCAAGUCUCAGGACGCACAGUUCCGCCUUCUUUUUCCUAAUGUUAGACGCGACGACAGACUGGUCAUGGUUUUCAGGGCAACCUGGAACCCCAGCGAGCAACAAGAAUUCCCGGGCCGAGUCUACGUGACUCCCAGGGAUAUCUAUUUUUACAGCAACCAUCUGGGCUUGGUUCUCACAUCGAGUGUACCUCUUGGAUCCAUUGAUGAGGCCACUGCUGCUCCCGGAAGAGACUGUGACUUUAUCUUCUUGCACCUCAAGGACGCUGCGAGCGACGCCAGUAGCCGACGAAUCACAAUCAAAACAUUUCUGGAACCUUUGAGACUUCUGCAAAGGCGCUUGAACUUUUUGAUAAGAAACAAUGCUUCCGAGGAGCCCCUCGAAUUGGAGGGGUUGAUGAAGGCUCUGAUCAAAAUGGAGACCGAGACUCCUGACAGGAGCCCCAGCCUGGAAAGCUGGGAGGACGUGUCUCCAAAUACUCCGGUUGACACUGGUGGGCCGCGAUAUCGAGGCAGAGCGUCCACUGUUGGGACUGAACUACGGGGCCCACUGAGGGUUGAUCGUACCCUUCAUCAGACCCAUUUAGGGCGCAGGGAAUCAAAGUUUAAACUGCCUGCUCAGCCUGUGAAUUAUACACCCCCCGGGAAUCUACGGCUGGCGGUCGAGAGAGAAUUUGAUAUCAGCGCCAAAGCGUUGUUCCAUGUUAUGUUUGGGGAUAAAAGCGCUUUGUGGCAACUGCUUCAACAUGAAAGACGCGCAAAGAAUGUGUCCCAAGGGCCGUGGUUAAGCGUCGGAGAAGGACGGCUUCGAAGAGAAUUCACGUUCGAUACUCCCACCAAAACUCUGCUCGGCCACGAAUCGUAUGCGCAAGUUCAUGAUUAUCAAACAAUCGAUGUCAAUAGCGAUCACUUAUGCUACGUCGUCACUGACAAGAGAACCCCGUGGCAUCUCCCCUACCAAAACAAGCAUCGCCUCGUCAGCAAGAUCGUCAUCACUCAUGUUGCAAAGGCCAAAUGCAAGCUCGCUGUUUUUGUCAAGGUAGAGUGGGGGCGCGCAGCCUGGAUAUUGGGAGGAGUGGUUGAGAGACAGGCGCUGUAUGACCUCGAACUCGAUUCUCAAGAUCUCGCGGAUCUGGUGGCGGAUCAAGUUCGCAAGCUUGGCCUUCACAGCCGCACCAAAAAGGCGAUUCAGAUCUUUGGCCAAGUCGGCCAUUCAACAGAAACAACACAGCUUCUGGUGGAUGCAUCGGCACUCAGCAUCGAAUUGAGGAGACAGCCCAUUUCCCGAACAUUAACUGGACUAUUGGCUCAGAGCGCUGCAUCGACGGCGGAGAGUGCCUUGGGGACUCUCCUGCAGUCAUUGUUGAGCAUCCUGAGAUGGUUUGCCAAAACACUGUCUGCUAAUAAACUCAUCUUGGUGGCACUUGUUUUUUCAGCACUGUACAAUAGCUGGCAUACAUAUCGAGACUCGCUUGACUGGUGGCACGAACGCAGGGCUGGUAAUUUCAUGGCUCGGCUUGGUAUCUCGCCCAAUACCGUGAUGAGCCGGGCAGUGUAUAUCAGUGACUUGGACGAUAUUCUCAGCCGGGAAGCAAAUCUGCCGGCGCGAGAGUCCAGUGUCUGCUAUAGCGUCUUCUAUGAUGAAAACGAGCCGGAGUACUUUCAAGCCGGGCUGAGACAGACUCCAGCCGCAAAAGUCCAGCAGACGCGUCAACAACUCGGGACUCAACGGCAUGAUCUCCUUGUUGCGGUGCGGGUUGUCAAUAGCAUUGAAAGACAAGUGAUGCAGGCCGCUUGGGAGCAGUGGGUUCUGGAUGAGCAUCGACGAUGUCAGAUCGUGGAGGGACUGGUCUUGGAUGACCUCGAGCAGAACUAUACGGACAUUGGCGAUGACCUCAAAGGCUGGUAUGACGAAUACUGCACCAGUUGCAGUAAUGAGUAUAUGAAGAUGCGUGCUGCGUGA